UCUCCUGAAUGUGGGGUUGUACUUGUCCUUUGUUCAGUUUGACUUUCUGACGGCGCUCGUCGGCGGAGUUGUCACUUUUACAAAGGCGCACCCGAACGCACCAGUGGGCUCGCUCAUUUCCAAAAUGGCGGACACGACGACGUCGCCGGAGGACCACAGGAAGCACGCAGACGUGGCUUUCGGCGACGCCGUUUUUGACCCCGGUUUCUUUAGUGUCGGCGGGAAGGGGAGCGCCGGGUCGCGGGCCAACAGCAUUGGCUCAAGAAGCGCCUCUUCGGUACCAAAUACAGAUGACGAGGACAGCGACUGCCGCCACGAGACGUCCGACAAGAACUUGUACAAAGACCGGCGGAGGCAAGCGCACACGCAGGCCGAGCAGAAGCGACGCGACACAAUCAAGAAAGGCUUUGAUGACCUGCAAGAGGUGGUGCCCACCUUCCUGGAGUCUGAAUCUGUGCUGGGGGGGCAGAAGGUAGCCAAGGCUGUCAUCCUGCAGAAGACCAUCGAGUACAUCAAUUUUCUUAACAAAGAGAAGAGGAAGCAGGAGGAGGAGGUUUCUCGUCUGAGAAAAGAAGUGACCGCGCUGAAGAUCAUGAAAACGAACUACGAGCAGAUCGUAGAGGCAAACCAGAACCACCCACUGCAGGACGACAACCAGGUGUCGGACCAGAUCAAGUUUGACAUCUUUCAGAGCAUCAUGGACUCCCUCUUCGACUCUUUCAGCAACUCCGUCUCGGUCAACAGCUUCCAGGAGCUUUCGGCCAGCUUGAUCAACUGGAUCGAGGAAUACUGCAAGCCGCUGAUGCUGAAGAAUUUCGUGGUCGGGGUCUUGCGACAGCUCAACUGUCAGGUCUACUGACGCUAGUUCCACCGCGACGGGAUGGUCUGACGUGGUAAUGGUACAUCGUGCAUGUGUAUAAGUGUGCAUUUCAGCCACCUUUGUCUGAUUUCGACAUUUGAAAAAAUGGUGUUUACAAUUCUAAUGAUCGAUAGUUUUAAGAGUGUAUCGUGAACUUUUGAACGGGAAUGCCUUUAUUAGUCCCAGGCUGGUGUUUCUUUAAAAUGCACACAUUGUGACGUCAAACGACACGUUGAAUAGUUUGUGUGCGGGUUUCUCUCUCAGGGUUGGAGACUCACGAUAAAAACAAUUUUUUGUGAGUUUUUCAUGCUAAAAUGUGCAAGUGUGCUUAAUACUGUGACCAGUGAGCCUCCAUCUACAGGCCAAAGUUAAGCAAAAGUCAUGUUUUUUUUUUAAUCCUUUAUUUCUCAGUCCUUUGUCAAAUAUCAUGUGGUGAUGACAACUUAGUCGAACAGCUACCUAGUGCAGGGGUCGGCAACCCAAAAUGUUGAAAGAGCCAUAUUGGACCAAAAAUACAAAAACAAAUCUGUCUAGAGCCGCAAAAAAUUAAAAGCCAUAUUACAUACAGAUAGUGUGUCAUGAGAUAUAAAUUGAAUUAAGAUGACUUAAAGGAAACUAAAUGAGCUCAAAUAUACCUACAAACGAGGCAUAAUGAUGCAAUAUGUACAUAUAGCUAGCCUAAAUAGCAUGUUAGCAUCGAUUAGCUUGCAGUCAUGCAGUGACCAAAUAUGUCUGAUUAGCACUCCACACAAGUCAAUAACAUCAACAAAACUCACCGUUGUGCAUUUUUGCACAACGUUAAAAGUUUGGUGGACAAAAUGAGACAGAAAAAGAAGUGGCAUAAAACCAUACUUGCCAACCCUCCCGGAUUUUCCGGGAGACUCCCGAAAUUCAGCGCCUCUCCCGAAAACCUCCCGGGACAAAUUUUCUCCCGAAAAUCUCCCGAAAUUCAGGCGGACUCAGGUCCUCCACAAUAUAAAAGAGUGUACCUGCCCAAUCACGUUAUAACUGUAGAAUGAUGGAGGGCGAGUUCUUGGUUUCUUAUGUGGGUUUAUUGUUAGGCAGUUUCAUUAACGUCCUCCCAGCGUGGCAACAACACACAACAACAGCAGUCACUUUUUUGUAUACCGUAAAGCAGUUCGUCUGCGUAAAGCAGUUCGUCUGCGUAAACAGCAAUGUUGUGACACUCUUAAACAGGACAAUACUGCCAUCUAGUGCAUUUGAUGAAAGCACUUUUGUGCGUGCCACACAUCAAUGCAUCAUCAUCAGCAUGGUUCGAAAAAUAGUGACAGAGAAUAGAACAAGGAUGGACAAUUCAACCCUUAACUCAACAAUGAGUAGAUGAGUGUUAUGUGUGUGUAUAUGUGUAAAUAAAAAAAAUAAAAAUAAAUAUAAUACAAAAAAAUAUAUAUAUAUAUAGAAUUCACUGAACGUCAAGUAUUUCUUAUAUAUAUAUAUAUAUAUAUAUAUAUAUAUAUGAAAUACUUGACUUGGUGAAUUCUAGCUGUAAAUAUACUCCUCCCCUUUUAGCCACGCCCCCGUCCCACCCCGACCACGCCCACCCCUACCCCCUACCCCCACCUCCCGAAAUCGGAGGUCUCAAGGUUGGCAAGUAUGCAUAAAACACGUCCUAGAAAGUCGGAGAAAGUUAUACAUGUAAACAAACUACAAUGAGUUCAAGGACCGCCAAAAUUAGUAGGACAAAACGGCGCUCAACAAAUACUCGAAUCAGUGAGGCAUGUUUAAUAUAAACAGUGUGCUUUAUAACAAUUAGGGAGGUUUGCGUCAUGUUUGUCCUUCUACGGAAACCAUAUUAAAACAAUUUUUCAUACAUUUUUGAAGAAGCUCCAAGGAGCCACUAGGGCGGCACUAAAGAGCCGCAUGCGGCUCUAGAGCCGCGGUUUGCCGACCCCUGACCUAGUGGUUAGAUCUAGGUUUUCUAGGAUGUAUUGUCAGUAGACAAGCCAGGUGUUGAACAGGGUUUCCACAAGUCAUUAAAAAGCAUUUAAAGUAUUUUGCGAAAAUUAAAGCCUUAAAUGGCAUUAAAAAGCAUUAAGUACCACGUCCAAAGGCAUUAAAGCCUCACUAGUCACGCCUCGCUCGUGAGAAGCACUGCAAAGUAACAAAAGUUAAGAAGAAAAGCGAUGAAUAUAAAGCCAAAUGUCUCUGUGUGGGAAUAUUUGAGCCCAUCAAUACGGACGAACUAGCAACAAAACAAUUUAAUUGAAGUGCGAUUUUUGCUAGAUUGUCAUGUUUUUUAGAUUUACUUAUUUAGAAUUAUUGACCUUCCAAUGACAAUGGUAAAAAAAAACUGUAAUGAAAAAUGUUUGUCUGAAAGGGUUCCUUGCAUUAUUAUCGUAUGUUUACUUUAGUGCUUGAUUUGGCCACAGUUCAUUCUUACAAUUCUGUAUACAGGCAAUUGUACUGUAUUAUUUUGACCAUAUAUAACAAUCUGCAGUAGGACAUGGGCAGUAAAUUAAUUUUAAAAGCAUUGAAUUAGAAACCUGCAGAAACCCUGUUGAACGCCAAAGGACUAGGAUGUGUUCUUUCGACCCCCUCUAGGACCACUGAUGUUUUAAUGAGUAUCAGGUGUUACCAUGUAUGGAAAGUUACCAGCUACUUUGUAAAUAGAUGCCAGCGUGGAAAGCAAAUCUGUUGUGUUGAUGAAGAGCUGCUUGUGAUUUCUUGCAAAACGCUCAGUAAUUAACAGUCUGGUCAAGGAGAGGACCAGAACAGCAACUUUAUAAGUAACCAAUGAUUGUAUUGACAAACAACACAGCUUAAAGCAUGUUUUAUUGAAAGAUGCCGACAAACUGGUGCUUGGUGCGUUUAAUAAGACUUGCCUUUAUUGUCUCGUUUCAAGAUAUGGUGUGUGCCAGGAGUCUGUCCUAUGACCACUAUUAUUUAGAAACACUAUAUCAAUACACAUCAACCUUAUUACCGCAGUUUGACUUAAUGUUGAUAUUUUUUAUAUUUACAGUCUGAGGUGCACAUUAAAGAACUUUUUGGUGCCUUGCCCGAUUGGCUCAAACUCAGGCGUACUUAGUGAGUGAAAUAGACCUGUCCCAAUUUCUGUAUCUUAUGGUCUCCCAUGCCGUCCUUUUACCAAAAUCCUGUUGAUCCACUUUUUACCCCGUUUUAAAAGACCUGCAAUAAUGAGGGUGAAAUGUUCCUGUUUUUAAAGAUAUUUAUAGAAUUAGACCCAUGUUUUGCUAGAAAUCAAUUUGAGAGUUUUGGAUGAUGCUUAAAGAUGUUUUAGGACACAGAAGAUUGAACAUUUUAUAUUUGCUAAAUUAUUCUUGUUCUCUUGCUUCUUCAAAGUGUAUUGUGCUGCAUGUUUUUUCCAGAGCGUCCCUCCUGCCUAAAUAAAUAUGCUGUUGAUAGA